AUGGCUUACCCAGAGAACCCAUCACGGCAAUCUUUGAUCCCGAGUUUUCUCUACUCUUCUUCGCUCACGUCGGUUAGGAUGACGAAUGCGGAUCAGAAUCUGACGUCCCGAAUGAACAACCCGCCGGCAGCAGGAAGUGGCCGGAAUUUCAUGAUCCCGGCGCCGAUGGACAGCAGGAUAGAGAUGUUCUCGCCGGCUUACUACGCCGCGUGCACGUUCGGAGGAAUUUUGAGCUGCGGCCUUACUCAUAUGGCCGUCACACCACUCGAUCUGGUCAAGUGCAAUAUGCAGAUUGAUCCUGCAAAGUACAAGAGCAUUAGCUCUGGUUUCGCAGUUCUGCUCAAGGAGCAAGGGGUGAAAGGCUUCUUCCGGGGUUGGGUGCCAACACUGCUCGGUUACAGCGCACAGGGAGCAUGCAAAUUCGGCUUCUAUGAAUUUUUCAAGAAGUACUACUCAGACAUGGCUGGUCCCGAGAAUGCCGCCAAAUACAAGACUCUGAUCUUCCUAGCAGGUUCUGCUUCCGCUGAAUUUAUUGCCGAUGUUGCCCUCUGUCCGUUUGAGGCCGUUAAGGUUCGUGUCCAAACCCAACCGGGUUUUGCCAGGGGCUUGGCUGAUGGAUUUCCAAAAUUUGUCAGGGCUGAAGGAGCUUCAGGGCUCUAUAAGGGGAUUGUCCCACUUUGGGGCCGACAAAUCCCAUAUACUAUGAUGAAAUUCGCCACUUUUGAAAACAUUGUUACGGGAAUAUACAAAUACGCCAUUCCAACUCCGAAAGAACAGUGCAGCAAGCAGUUGCAGCUCGGGGUCAGUUUUGCUGGUGGCUACGUGGCUGGUGUUUUCUGUGCUAUUGUUUCACACCCUGCUGAUAACCUCGUCUCGUUCCUCAACAACGCCAAAGGAGCUACAAUUGGCGACGCUGUGAAAAAGCUUGGUUUAUUGGGUUUGUGCACUCGAGGCCUCCCUCUGCGUAUUGUCAUGAUAGGAACACUUACUGGAGCUCAAUGGGGCAUCUAUGACGCGUUCAAAGUUUUUGUUGGACUGCCCACAACUGGUGGUGGUAGUCCUGCUGCAGCUCAAAAAUAG